AGAACCCAGUCAUCCUGCAGAUUCCUGCUGCCCCUGUGGUGGAGGGAGAUAACAUCACUCUGCUCUGUAGAACAAAGAAUCCCUCCAACAAAUCAGCUGAUUUCUAUAAAGAUGGUAUCUUCAUCAAAAAUGAAAAUACACGUCGCAUGACCAUCUACCAAGCAUCAAAGGCUCAUCAAGGUUCCUACAAAUGCAGCAUUGGUGGUCGUGAUUCACCAUCCAGCUGGCUGCUGAUACAAGAUGAUGCUGACCCCCCAACUCUCACACCAUCUCCCAACACAGCUCAGCUGUUUGAGUAUAAGAACCUGAACCUGAACUGUGGUGUUCAAGGAUGGACAGUAAAGAGGUUCACAACAUUUGCUGAAGACCUGUCCAGUUGUCAAGCAUGGGGGCAAGUCGUUUCCCAUGGCUGCGUCCUCCAUACAACCAAGCAGCCUGACAGCGCGGUUUAUUGGUGCGAGUCUCCUACACAGCAGCGGAGCAACUCAGUCAACAUCACUGUUCAUGGUCGAGAUACUCCGGUAAUCCUGCAGAGUCCCGUCCUCCCCAUGAUGAAGGGAGAUAAUGUUACUCUGUUCUGUGAAACAAAGAACACUCAGUCCACCCUCCCAGCAACUUUCUACAAAGAUAACUCUAUUGUUGGUACUGAGCCUAGAGGUCACAUGAUCAUCUAUAAUGUCACCAAGUCUCAUGAAGGCAUCUACAAGUGUAACAUGAGUGUGGGAGAGUCUCCAUCCAGCUGGCUGUUCAUCAUAGAUCCUGAUGCUCCCGCCUCACAUUCAGAUUCAGACAAAAACCUGUCUUCUCUGGGAAUGCUGCGCCACAUCUUGGUGUACUUUCCAUAUAUAAUCUCUACAUUCCUCAUGGUCUCUAUAUAUCGUGGGUCUACAGGAAGAAACUCACAUCAAAGAACAAUGUCUCCACCCACUGAGGAAGAUGAAGACCAUCCGUAUGAUGAUGCUAUGGCUGAUGUCACCACUGAGCAUAGUUUCUAAUAAAAUCUUUGUCAUGUUGUUUCCUAAACUUUUUGCACUUUUCAGAACGAAAUACUUGUUUCAUGUAAAUGUUUUUCUGGUUUACAUUUUGUUUUCAAUGUUUUUUUUAUAUAAAUAAAGAUUAAAAGCUAUUUUUACAGCUGACUGGUAUUCUUUAAAAGCAUUGUCCUGACAGCAGGAAUUGCGAACGAAAUGGCUCUUAGAGCCGGAUCUUUGACGUGAACAACGUGAGCCGGCUCCUUAUGUUAAUGCUAGAAGUGUGUUUUGGAGUUUGUACAUGCUUUGUGUCUAGGUGGCCACCGCAUAUAUU